AUGGCGGCGGAAGCGAUGAACAGCUCUUCCUCUGACAUGUCUGCCGGCAUUGAAGAAAAGAAGACUCCCUCUGGUGCCGUAGAGUCGGCAAUCGGACCAGAUGAAGGCGCUCUACAAGAAGUGAGCGGGUCGGGCGACUUCCAUCGGUCAUUCAGUGCGAGACAAGUUCACAUUAUCUCUCUCGGUUCCAAUAUUGGAAGUGGCUUGUUCAUAGGUACCGGAAAGGCAUUGGCCAACGGCGGACCAGGAAACAUGAUCCUUGCAUAUUUGAUCGUCGGCACCGGUGUCUGGGCCAAUCUACAAACCUUGACGGAAAUGACCAUAGCAUUUCCAACAUCAGGAAAUUAUAUCGACUACGCCGGCCGCUGGGUUGAUCCUGCUCUUGCUUUCGGUGCUGGCUUUGCAGAGUGGCUUGGUUGGACUGCGGUAUUUGCUGCCGAGGCUAUGUUCUUCAUCGUUUUGGUCAAUCUGUGGGCCGAAGGUUCGGUCCCGGAAGGGGCUUUGUUGACGGUAUUCCUCGUCCCCUGCCUCCUGCUCUUCCUUCUGCCGAACAAGUGGUUUGCAUGGGUAGAAUAUUUUGGCUCCUUGGUCAAAAUAUUCCUAUUUGUCCUAAUUGUUGUUCUGUCCUUCGCUUUGAUCGGAGGCGCUGGUCCGGAUGGCUACGUCCAUCACGGCGAGUUCUGGACGGAGCUCCCGGCUUUCAAGAACGGAUUUUCGGGCUUUGCGAACGCCGGGCUUCUCGCGAUCUGGGCUGUUGGGGACCAGGUUUUUAUUGGAGUCAUGGGCGGCGAAGCACAAUUUCCCCGGAUGUCUAUGGCCCAUGCUGCCAAUUUGGUUCCCUUCAGAACCAACUUCAUCUACAUGCUGCUGAUCGUCUUCAUCACAAUACUUGUCCCGUCGGACGACGAUCGAUUACUUAGCGGCUCCGGGGUGGCAGCUUCACCAUUUGUCAUCGCGGUGAAAGAUGCUGGCAUCAAGGGGAUACCUGAUCUUCUCAAUGCCUGCAUGAUCAUUGGCAUUGUUGCUAUUGCGGUGGAGUCGAUCUAUCUUCCCUCCCGCAUUCUACGGGAGAUGGCGCUUCAAAAACUGGUCCCUGCAUUCAUUGCCAGCGUCGAUGCACGUGGUCGACCUCGUUGGGCUCUAUUGAUUACUUCGGCGAUUGCAACGACACUAACUUACAUGAGCUUGAGCACCGAUGGCACGACAGUCCUAAACUGGCUAAUCUCGAUUACGAGUGCCUCAUUCUUCCUUAACUGGAUGAUUAUUGCAUUCACCUCAUUGCGCUUCCACGCGGCGAUUCGAGCCCAGAACGAUCCAAUCUUUAGUGAAACUUACUCGUGGCGCUCAAAGUUCUGGCCUCUUGCCCCCAUUUGGGUCCUCUUGGUGUCGACAGUCUUGCUGGCGUGUUGUCUUGCGGCUGGCAUCGAUCCACUGGGCGAUGCCGGAUUCACGGCAAACAACUUUUUCCUGUAUAUCAUUGGCAUCCUGAUCAUUGUUGUUUUCACUCUCGCUUAUAAGAUCAUUUACCGUACAACAUGGCAAGAUCCUGCAACCGCCGAUCUCGUGACAGGCAGACGCACAAUUAGUGCUGAAGAGAUUGCACUUCUCGAUGCGUACUUCAGCAUGCCCCUUUGGCGACGGAUUGGUACCUAUGUCAAGCUAUGGUGA